AGUACCUAUCAUGCAUCACGAGGGGACGACACAAUAAUACUGGUCAUCCUGACCUCUCCUUCCUGAGAGUGACCUCCCCUCAUAUGAGGACUGCAGCGUUUUUGUUGUCCUUGUUGAUGUCGGACAUGUUCAACUGCAAUGCCUGGCGUCUUCGUGCUUGAUUCAUCAACGGACCUUACUGACUUGAAGAGUGUUUGUGUGCUAGGGCGGCUGGAAUGACUACAGCUUGCCGUCAUUGUUACUGAUAGUAUCGCUUGUCUGCAGUUCACAGCGGUGCGUCUGAUCUGACUGCUGGGCCAGCAUGAUUGCCUCCAAUUUACUGUCUCGCCUACUGCCGCCUACGGGGUCGCCUUCGGUCUACGAGGCCAUACGCCAGAACGACGUGGAGUCCGACGCCUCUGAUGUUGAAGAACGUGCGGGAAUGGCCCUCGAUGAAGAGAACCUGCGAGAACGUUUCGAUCAUGAUGGACUCGAAGAGGCACUGGCCAAUGCGACGGACAGCCAGAUGACAACGCACAGCACGGCCUUCCUGGGCCAGGACCGUCCACGGGCGACGUCCGGAGACCGGCUGGACGCCCGGAGACCUACAAGGAGGAAGCUGUCUCGUCCCCGGUGGAUGCAGACGUCCCAGAGAGAGCUGGAGGCAGACGAGGGCGAUGAGGAUGUCCCCGCGUCGUUGCUGGUCGAAGGGGGCGAUGAUGACUUCUCCAGAUCUCCUGGACCUCCGCCUCCUCAUUCUAUGAUGGAUCAUGGACCUCCCGUCCCAGGGCCGUCGUCAAGAGAUGACAUAAACAAGUGGGAACGCGCCAGAGCGCAGCAACCGUUGCAUCCCCCUUCACGGCAUACCGCUUCUUCUGAUAGAUCUGCACCUGGACCGUAUCCGAAUCUAGCCUUGGUAGACCCAAAGCAAAAGGCGCUGUGGAGAUGGGCGAACGUGGAGAACCUGGACAACUUUCUCGAAGACGUCUACGUAUACUUUUUAGGAAAUGGUAUCUGGUGUAUCAUGCUGAGUCGGGCCCUCAAUCUUCUUACGCUCGGAUUCGUCGUCGGUUUCACCACAUUUCUGACUAGCUGUAUCAACUACCACGACAUCCGCGGCGCUAGGAAGUUGGACGAUAUCCUGGUCAAGAAAUGCAUGGUGAACAUGUCCUCAUCCAAAACUCUUUUGCUAUGGCUGUUCACUUUCUUCUGGAUAGGGAAGCUGUUCCAGUAUGUGCUGGAUAUCAGAAGGCUCCGCCACCUGCAAGAUUUCUACUACUAUCUGCUGGGGAUCUCCGACGAAGAUAUUCAGACGAUCUCUUGGCAGGAGGUCGUCAGUCGACUGAUGGCGUUGAGGGACUCGAAUCCCUCUACUGCGGGUGCGGUGUCUGCAAAGCACCGUAAGUUCAUGGGGAGUCAGUCUAAGCAGAGGAUGGAUGCGCACGACAUCGCCAACCGAUUAAUGCGCAAGGAGAACUACCUCAUUGCUCUGUUCAAUAAAGAUAUCCUAGAUCUAACACUGCCUAUUCCGUUCCUUAGGAACAGGCAGCUGUUUUCACGCACGCUCGAAUGGAAUAUCAACCUCUGCAUUAUGGAUUAUGUGUUUAACGAACAAGGCCAAGUGCGGCCCCUCUUCUUGAAAGAUACGCAUCGCAGGGCUCUUAGCGAUGGAUUACGACGGCGUUUUCUCUUUGCGGGAAUUAUGAAUAUCUUUGUUUCUCCUUUUCUUGUCUUCUUUUUCCUGAUGCAUUACUUCUUCCGCUAUUUUAACGAGUAUCAGAAGAACCCCUCGCAGAUUGGAUCCCGCCAGUAUACGCCUCUCGCUGAAUGGAAGUUCCGCGAAUUUAAUGAGCUGUGGCAUCUAUUUCAGCGUCGGAUCAACAUGUCCUACCCCUUCGCUAAUCGAUAUAUCGACCAAUUCCCGAAAGAGAAGACCGUCCAGUUAGCCCGCUUCGUCGCCUUCAUCGCGGGAGCCUUGGCUUCGGUUCUUGCUCUGGCUUCUGUGGUGGAUCCAGAGCUCUUUCUGGGUUUUGAGAUCACCCAUGAUCGGACUGUAUUGUUUUACCUCGGGCUUUUUGGGUCUAUCUGGGCUGUGGCUCGUGGUAUGGUCCCAGAGGACACGGACGUCUUCGAUCCGGAGUUUGCCCUCCGUGAAGUUAUCAACUUCACGCACUACUUCCCCAGCCAUUGGAAUGGACGCCUUCAUAGUGACGAAGUGAGGAAAGAGUUUGCGACUCUUUAUCAGAUGAAGAUCGUUAUUUUCCUCGAGGAGAUCCUGAGCAUGAUCUUUACGCCUUUCGUAUUGUGGUUCAGCCUGCCGAAGUGCAGCGACCGCCUGAUUGACUUCUUCAGGGAGUUCACCGUGCAUGUGGAUGGACUGGGUUACGUCUGCUCGUUCGCCGUGUUCGACUUCAAGAAAGGCACCAAUGCCAUCUCGCAGGGUCGUGUCCCUCGACGAGAAGGUACUCAGGAUCUACGAGAUGAUUACUUCUCCACCAAGGAUGGGAAGAUGCUUGCAUCGUAUUACGGCUUCUUGGACAACUACGGCGCAAAUCCACGAGCGGCAGCACAUGGCCCUUCGAAAGCGCGACGGCCAUUUCACCCCCCACCGUCAUUUCCGACUCUUACAUCGCCUCCGGGCGUUGAAGCGACCCCGCGCCCUGGCCGAUGGGAUCCUGCGCAGAACCGACAGUCACCUGUCAACGGUCCUGGCUAUCAAUCGAUAAUGCGUGGGUCCCGCUUCGGACCUGGUCCUGGCGCUGCUGAUCCCAACUCACCAAUGCCAUCGAUGCUUCUUGACCCUCAUCAUCAGCCUUCCGCUUCAGGCUUCCGAUCUGUCAAUCGUAUGGCGCACUCGCGAUAUCGGCCAUCCCGUCCAUCUCACCCGGCAGCGGAUCCUAUCGAUGAUGAGGAUGAACCGUCUAGUGAAGGGUAUGGGAACCCGGCGACAACGCAAGCAGGACAGCCUACCGUGGCAUCGAGCGGCGGAGUGGGAACCAGUGAGGGCAAUCUCGAAGGGUCCUGGAAAACGCACUUGGCAGCCGAACCAGAAGACAGUGAUGGGCCAGAGGAAGGAGAGAAUGUUGAUGCCAUUGUGGGUGGUGCUGGAGUUCUUGGCCUGAUCCAUCAGUUCCAGAAAGUCACUAACGAAGGUCGCGGUGGGAAAACUGUCGGCAUUUGAGCCUUUGCGAAAGGAACUUAGUCUCGUCAUCAACACUAGAUAGCUAUGACAUUACCCUUAUGCCUUACGAUUGGACUCGGAUAGGGAUCGGAGAUCGUCGAUAUUUCCAGUGAGUAUCUAGGAGUCUAGGAGUUAGGGGCCUUGGUCGUAUUUAUAGAAUAUAGUCCCAAGUGAUACGUUUACUGGGUAGUUAUUGGAGCAAUAUAUGAUACUUCAGAUCCUAGGAUAUGCAAGACCAAUAUGAACCUCGUAUAUACUCUG